AUGGAAACGCUGGCUGAGGCCUCCCCGCCUCCGCCGGAGGAACACAUGGCCGACGUAGAUUUGGCACAGCAUGUUAACAAAAGAACUAAGUCAGCGAAGAGAACCUUCGCAGACGCAGUGGCUCCGCAGCUUCUCUCUGGUGGUAGUGUGCCACCCCGAACGGAAGCCACAGAUUGGGCUUUCACAGACCCUGAGAUCGAUCCUGACACCGUUUAUGACUCCCAAGCCAUCUCCGAUGGCAGACCCAAAAUCCGGAUUCCCAUGGCGCUUCGCAGAGAGCUCUGCCAGCAAUGGAAGAUGUCCCUAAUCGUGAAAUAUCUAGGUAAAUCGGUCAACUUUAACAUCCUGAAUCAUCGGCUCCCUGGGCUUUGGAACAUCCAAGGUAAGGUGGAGUUGAUUGAUCUAGGCCAUAGUUGUUUUGUGGCCAGAUUUACCAACAGCACGGAUUACUUGCACGUGCUCCUCGACGGCCCUUGGAAGAUCUUCGACAAUUACUUGGUGACGCAACAUUGGGAACCUAAGUUCAACCCUGCGAAAGCCAAGCUUUCGAAGAUGGCGGUUUGGAUCCGCUUCCCCAACAUGGCCAUGGAAUACUUUAGGGAUGAUGUGAUCAAAUCUGUCGUGGAAGGGAUUGGCAAACCGUUGAGACUUGAUCGCACUACAGCCGGUGUAGUGAAGGGUAGGUAUGCUAGAGCUGCGGUGGAGAUCGAUUUGGACAAGCCUUUAGUAUCUGAGAUCUGGGUUGAAGAUCAAGUCCAGGCCGUCGAGUACGAAAGCUUGCAUGUAGUGUGCUUUGGCUGCGGUUUGAUUGGUCACCGCGAACAAUCUUGUCCACAUAACAAAGAGAAAGAGCCAGUGAGGCGUGAAAUGGAUCUUAAUGAAACUCCGGUGACUGACAAGGAAGGAGACAUUCAGCAGACUUUGGGCGAAAAUGCCAUGCAACCACAACAGAAUUCUGAUGAUAAUCCCCCCCAACCGACCACUACUCCCGCCCCUGAUCGCCGCCUAGGCUCGUGGAUGAUCGUAACUAGGAAGAAACAUGACAAAUCCCAAGUGAAACCCACCCGACAACCGAAACAAAAAAAGGUCGUGACGCGGAGCAAUGACAAUCAGUUUGCGCCUCUGGCCGGAGUUCAUGAACAACCGCCGGCCACCUUGCCUCCGCAGCCACUGGUUUUCCAGUCCACAGAGAGGGGCGAAUGCUCCAGAGGUAAGGAUCGUUCUCCUCCUCACGUUCCCCUUCCUCGUCCCCCUCCAACCAAUUCUCAAAACCUGCCCUCCAUUUACCCACCUGCUCCGGCUAAAUCUACACCCCAGCAAGACCCGAGGGGGUCGUCCAGGGGUCGUGGUGGACGCCAAAGAGCUAGCCGUGGUGGUGGGAGAGGUUUAGGUAGAGGGACACAGGUGAACGUGGUGGCUCCUACCAGUUGGGAUCCGGCUUUUUUAGCCGGCAGCAGUGAGCUACUUCCCAACUUCCAGUUUACGGGUCAUCUCUCUAAUGCUAUGGGUGAUGACCCCAGUGGUUUGCUUCUUCUUUGGAAACAAGGACAAGUUGAUUUUGACAUCAUGAGUCACUCCUCUCAAGCCAUUCACACGAAAGUCAAGAAUAGGCCAGAUGAUUGUUUUAUCACCUUCGCUUAUGUUAGGCCCAAUAUUAUGGCCAAGAGCAGAUUUUGGGAUGAGUGUAAAAUUUUUUCUAGUGCUAUUCAAGGUGCUUGGAUUUUAAUAGGUGAUCUGAAUGACAUCGCAUCGUCUGAUGAACAAUGGGGAAGAAGCCGGGUUACUCAGCUCCGCCGCCUGGAUAGAGUUCUCUGGAACAUGAGCGCUCAGAUGGUUUUUCCCGAAGCAAAAGUUAGGACUCUCUCGAGGAUUCAUUCAGAUCAUAAUCCUUUGAUGUUCACAGAAGUGGCAGGUCGGCCCCCUGAUCGGGAUCUACGGCCGUUCCGCUUUGAAGCAGCUUGGCUGGAUAGACAGGAUUAUGCCUUGAUUUGGAAAAAUUCCAGUAGUGGGGACAUCAACGACUUUGAAUCCAUAAUUACCAACAUCACGGAGCAAAGUAAACACUGGAACAAGGAUUUUUUCGGUAAUAUUUUCAGGAGAAAAAGAGAUCUUGAGACUAGAAUUCGGGGAAUCCAACAACACCCAAAUUACGUAGUCUCAAGAAGUCUGCAGGUCUUGGAAAAGAAUCUUGCCGCAGAGCUGGACCAGACCCUAGAUCAAGAGGAAGCUCUCUGGUUUCAAAAAUCUAGGAUGAGCUGGAUUAAAGAUGGGGACAGAAAUACUCGUUUCUAUCACAACUCGGCUUUAAUAAGAAGAAACAAAAACCGGGUCAGGUUUCUAAAAAUUCAAGGCAGCUGGUCAGAUAAUCCGGCUUCCCUGGCUUAUCACAUUACCUCGUUCUUCUCUUCGCUCUUCAGUACAGGGAAUCAGGUUAGCUCAGAUAUGAUGGUGCCUAUUGCGGAUUCUCAUCGGCUUUCUAGACUUGAACAGAACUCCCUUGUUAAAAUUGCUACCAGUGAGGAAGUUAAAAAAGCUGUGUUUGGCAUGAAGAGAUUUGGGAGUCCAGGUCCUGACGGUAUUCCAGCAGCUUUUUAUCAAAAUUUCUGGGAGGAAAUUGGUGCUGCCAUUACUAUCCUGGUAAACCGGGCCUUCUACACCGGCUCUGUGCCUUUGUCUAUCCUCCAAGCCUUCGUUACCCUAAUUCCCAAGAAAGAGGUUCCUGAAACUGCUGCCGACUUUCGGCCGAUUACCCUUCUCAAUGUGGGUUUCAAGGUAAUUUCUAAAGUCCUCGUGAACCGCCUGAGGCCGAUUAUGUGUCGUAUUAUUGGCCCGCAUCAAAACAGCUUCCUCCCGGGCCGUUCUACCCUGGACAACGUUAUACUUACCCAAGAAGUUAUACACACGAUGAACAAACGGAAGUGUCGGAAAGGGCUCAUGGUCGUUAAAGUGGACCUCCAAAAGGCCUACGAUAGCGUGGAUUGGGCUUUCCUGAAAGACACUCUUGAAGGUUUUGGCUUUCCAGCACAGCUGGUUCAGCUCAUUCUUUUUUCUCUUGAAAAUAGUAAUAUUUCUAUCCUGUGGAAUGGCGAACGUCUCCCCCCUUUCUCUCCGGGACGUGGGCUCCGUCAAGGGGACCCGUUAGCACCCUAUCUUUUUAAUCUCAUUAUGGAGAGGUUGUCUUUGGAGAUCCAGAACGAGGUAUCUCUAGGAAGGUGGAAACCUAUUUCUGUAGCCAGGGGUGGAAUAGACGUAUCCCAUCUCUUCUUUGCCGAUGAUCUAAUGCUUUUUGGAGAAGCCUCGGAGCAUCAGGCAGGAGUUAUGAUGGGGGACCAAAAGGGCUAUUGGCGAAAAGAUGGGCAUCCCUAUCUCUUCUCACCUGGGCACCUACCUUGGGAUACCGUUACUUCAUACACGGGUUUCUAA